CAUCUUUUCUGUAGAGUCACAUUUGAGGAGCAGCAGCAGGACAGAAGCAUCAUCAUUUCUACCACGGCGGUGGGGUUAAUAUCAGCACACCGUUUCUGAUCGGCUUCUUUACUCUCACUGAGGGAAACAUGGCAGGUCGGGAAAAUGACACGGAUAACAUGCCUCCGUCUGAGACUCGAAAGGAAAACGUCUGCUGUCGUCGCGGGAAAGAGCUUUUCUUGCUGGAUUAACAAAGUGAAGGACAAUUGUAUGAAUUAAUUCAUAUUUGCAUAUAAUUGUUAUUUGAUUUUAGCCGAGAUUUAGCUCAAAAAAUCAGCAAAACUGUAGAUUCGGUAUCCUCUGUCAUUGCUGGUCUAUUUAAUUCAGGGUACUUCAGGGUAAAAUGUUCCAUUAACGGCAUGUGGCUUUGAAAGAACUCUUUUCAAAAGAAAAGAAAAAGAAAAGAAAAAGCUUCUUCUUCUUCUUCUUCUUCUUCCUUUUUUAUUCCACAGCUUGGAGCCAUUUUGAAAAUUUCUGACCUGAGACGGGGAAAAAAAGUUGGUAAGAAAUUGAAGAGAAUACCAACAAUUAUGUGCAACGGAUUUCAAACAGGGUCAUCUAGCUACCAGAUCGAGCGGAGAAGUUGAUCGGCGCUAAUGACAGGAAAGCUACAUCGCGUCAACAUCACUGACUAUAACUAGCAGCACUAUGGUGAAUUGAUUUAUUAUCGCACCAGCGACACAUUCAGACGUGACAUUUGUGUAUGUUCGAGUUUUGCAUGCCGAGAGAUGCUGCUGUGUGACCGAGGAGUGCAGAUGCUCAUCACUACAGUGGGCGCGUUUGCCGCCUUCAGCCUCAUGACCAUCGCAGUGGGCACAGACUACUGGCUUUACUCCAGAGGAGUGUGUAAAACCAAAGUCAACCAUGAAAACGAAACUAGCAGGAAAAACGAGGAAGUGAUGACCCACUCCGGAUUGUGGCGAACCUGCUGCCUGGAAGGGACAUUUCGUGGGGUGUGUAAGAAGAUUGAUCACUUUCCUGAAGAUGCUGAUUAUAAACAGGACACAGCUGAGUAUUUACUGCGUGCACUCCGAGCCUCCAGUGUGUUUCCAAUCAUGAGUGUGGGUUUGUUGUUUAUGGGUGGAUUGUGUGUAGCAGCAAGCGAGUUUUACAGGAGUAAACACAAUGUUAUCCUCAGUGCUGGAAUCUUCUUUGUCUCUGCUGGUCUUAGUAACAUUAUUGGAAUAAUUGUCUACAUCUCGGCUAACUCAGGUGACCCGGGUCAGAGUGACUCGAAGAAGAGUUACUCGUACGGUUGGUCCUUUUAUUUUGGUGCUCUUUCCUUCAUCAUGGCUGAGACAGUGGGCGUGCUCGCAGUGCACAUGUUUAUUGAAAAACAUCGCAAGCAGCAGCGUGCCAAGACGCUCGUCAAAAAGUCCAGUCUCGGCUUUGGCCGCAUCCCGACGUACCGUUACCGGUUCGGGCGCCGCUCCAGCGAAACACCAUCACGUGAUGUCCCCAUGUUCACGCUCUCACGCGACUCGGACAAAACUGCCGCAGGGAAGCUGCUUGACUCAGACAGAGACUUCCUGCACAACUCUAAUGCUAAGGAUGCAGCCAAUCGGAGAACAACACCGGUGUGACAUGGGCGGAUGGAUGGAGGAAAUAGGAAAUAGAAAAGGACCCAGGAAGUAGCGUCAAGCCACACACAACUCUGCAGAAGGAUAGAAAACAAUGAGCAGGAUCAAAGCACACAGGAAAUGACAUCAAAAACGACUUUACAAGCCUUUUCUCCUAGUAUAAACCUUCUUCCUAUAAUAAUAAUAUAAAACCCUAGCUAGUGAUUGUUAGAUCUUAUCAUUUCGUUGACUGUUUAAGGAACGGAUAUUCACAGAAACACAGAAAGUGACAAUUUGGCCAUGGUUCGAAUUUGAAUUUGAAUGGAUGAUAAUUAUAUAGUGGUUUAUGUUGCUAUCAAAGCUAGGUAGUGAUUUUUGGUGCUUCCUUUUGUUUUCCGUCAAACUCAUUAAUUCAUCUAUGGAACAAGUGCACACUCGUCUCUAGGGGUUUUAAGGGUAAAUCUCGGCAUCCAAACAAACACAAAUUGACAAAGACAAGCUGAGUGCCCAUAGAGACCUUACGUAAACCUCUCUCUCUCUUUUUCUCUCUCUCUCUCCUCUCUCUCUCUCUCUAUUUCUCUGACUCUCUCUCCUCUCUCAGUCUCUCUUCCACGUUCUCUCUCUUUCUCAUUCUCUGUCUCUCUCUCUCUCUCUCUCUCUCUCUCUCAUCUAAUACAAACAGGGUUUUUAAAAAAAAAAGAUAAAAAGAAUGGUGUUAUUAAAUGUCAUGUACAGUCCAUUUCAUGCACUAGUGUUAUGUUUCUCCAUUACAUUCAGUACUAUUCCAAAUUAUAAUAUAACAAUUGUAUAUGUAUUUAUUUAUUUAUUCUAUUGUACUGGAGAACAGAUUAGCCAGUGUCUGCUGAGUGUAGGACUGAAUAUUUCAUUUGUAGAGUUUAAAACGAAGUAGAAUAUAUUAGACAACGUUCUCUCGGUAUCCAUAAAACUAAAGUUGAAAAAUAAAUCUCCAGAUAAGAAAAGAUGUUCAAACACUUUAAUACAAAAGAUUAUAAACUCUACGCUAGAUUCAUGCAGUAUUAUCUACAUACGCCUAUAUAAAUGUGAUGUAAAUACUUCAAUAGAAUUAUAAUACAGUAUUUUAGUGGUUAUAUUAACAUCACACCUCCAAGGGCUUUUUGAUUUAAAAAUAAAUAAAUAAAUAAAUAAAUAAAUAAAUAAACAAAAAAAAUGUAAUUAAAAAUGACUUAUGCUUACAAGGGCUUUGAAGAAGUUGAAAUUCAGCAUAUAGAAAUGCCUGAGGAAAUAUGAAUCACAUUCAAAUAUCAAAUAUGGCACAUUUACAUAUCCGUGUAUUAAAAUGGCCAGAGGAAAUACUGCUGUAAACAUAGUAAUGCAAUUUACUGCCUUUUACUUUUAUCUUUCUGGGGGAAAAAAGGUAAAUACGAACUACAAAGCCAUGCAGAUAUAUAGUAUAUCUAAUUAUGUUAAAAAAAACGUCUUGUCAUGUCUGAAUCUUUCAUGACUUAUUUGUGGCUCUCCAAUUAGAGGUAGUGUUAUACUACACCGCUGGCCAUUUGAACCAAAGCUGUGUAUGAGGGAAUAUUGUUAUUACCCAUAAUGCAUUGCUAGCAUACAUCUAGCCCUACAUUCACACUAUCAACCAUGCAAACUAAUCAGUGUAUUACACACACUACAUGCUGCUUCAUACUUCAUACAAAGCUAGAAAACUAGCUACAUACACUAUUUUCUUCUUUGUAGACAUUUAGGAGAAGUUCACUUUCAGAACAAAAAUGUACAAAUAAUUUACCCACCCACUUGUCAUCCGCGGAAGGUCACGCGGGAUGUAGGCGGAGCUACAGACCCAGUGUUUACUAGUGUGGAGAAGGAGGAGCGCUCUGAAGUUGUUGUGUGUGGAAUGACACAAAGUUAUAUGUACCUUUUUGUUAGUAAAGAACGUUUGACUUAUUUGCACUUCCUUGGUUUUUGCAGGUUCUCCUUGUAAACAAUGGGUCUGUAGUUUAGCCUAUGUCACACGUGACCUUCCGACGUGAUUACGUAGUAUGUAGCAUCGCGGAUGCGCAUCCCAAAGCUAGUGCUAGACAAGCUGUUGUGGUUAAAAAGUAUAAAUUUUUUGUAUUUUUAUAAGAAAAUGACGAUUGUUUCGCUAGAAAAGAGCCUUCUUCCUCGGCUGGGAUCGUUUAGAGCCUUUUGAACAGCAUUUAAACUGCAUUUUGGAAGUUCAAACUCUCAGGCACCAUAGAAGUCGACUGUAUGGAGAAAAAUCCUGGAAUGUUUUCCUCAAAAAAUCGAAUUUCUUUACGACUGAAGAUGACAAGGGGGUGAGGAAAUUAUCUGUAUUUUUCUGUAAUUUUUGUUCUGAAAGUGAACUUCUCCUUUAAGGAGAGGUCAUAUAUAGCAGGAUGACAUCAUGACUCUAAGAUUUUUGUCCGUUUAUAUGCAUAAGGUUCGGACCAAUUCAUUUCGGACCACACAAGCCAUAUAGGAUGCAGAAUCAUUCAAGGAUGAUAAUCAUUCAGAUUUUUCCCACUUCAUCCAUCUCAGCUAAUUUGCAUAGAAUCAUGAAUCACUGAAAUCUCCAUGCGGCGCUCAUGUUUAGAAAAGAAAUGUCGCUUUGUCACUUUCUAGUGUGAAUGCAGGGUAAUGAUUAUUAUUACGUGGCAAGAUGUUUUGGAAAUAUUUGAACAUUCAGAUGAGUGAAAUGAAACGUUUGCUAUGAAAUCUGUAAUGUAGAUCUGAAGGCCAUAUACUGUACGUUAAACAAACCUAUAGGUGCCCUGAAAGUGCUAUCUCAGCUAAUGCUAAUCUUUAAUUAGCUAGCUACUACAGUAUUGGAACAUUAAAAGUGUUCUCUUUUUGUGUAGUAGUGUAUGUGUACACUAUCUAAAUCCAUAAAUUCAUUUUGUUUUAUCUACAAUUUUAUCCCUGGGGUUCUGUUCAGUAAUCUGAUCAUCCAAGUCAAGGUACACAACCCUGUUUCUAAAGCUCGCCAUGAUUAUUUGGGUUAUUGUUGUGCACCGAUGAUAUUAUUUUAUUUGUGUUCUGAAAGUUGUGCUGUUCUAUAUGUAACCUAAUGAGUGUGUAAGGAGUGUGUUUCAAAUUCCUGUAGUGUGCACUUCUUAGAGAAAAAAAAAGCUAUACACUUUAAAAUUGUUAUUUUCACCUGAACAAAGCAGGUUCAGACGUCUCUUUCUUCCUCAUGUCUAAGCCAGUAACAGGACUGUUAUUACUCAUGUAAGCUCCGCCUCCAUUCCCCUCGGUUCAACCAAUCAGUGCCAUGCAUGCGACCCUUUCAAUGAUAUUUCAGUUUCAGUUUAAACAUUCUGUAGAGAAAGCACACCUUUGGAAUACUGUAGUUGAAAUCAAAUUAUUAUAGCCAGAGAUAUUUAAAAAGUAGAUAAUAAAGUAUAUUUAAAAAUUG